UGUGCGAAAAUACUUUCCAUUUUUUGAACACUUUUAUGUGCUUCACAAAAUUUAGAUCUACCUCGCCAUGGGUAAACUGAUCGUACUGUCAUCAGAGGAUUUCGCGGGGCAGUUGUUGGACCGAUAGCAGAUUUUGGAGGGAUACCCUUUUCUAUAUGCACCCGUUGUUGUUUUACCAACGAUAUCACACAGUUGGUCACAUGAACACGCAAGAGAUCAGUGACUGCACCCAACUGAACCGUGGAGUUAAAAGAAAAUUGCUUCUGGUGGUUACUUUUAUAUCGCUUUUAUAUGGUCAUAACAACAGGACUCUAAUAUUGGUGCACUGAAUAUUUAAUUUGUCUAUGCCAGUGUUUGUGUUGUCAAAAGUUGCGAAAGAUCGACUCCAAACAGGUUCAGGUGGACGAAGAAUGAUGUAGCCAUAGCUGUUUCAAUUAAACACAUUAUUUGUGGUCGAAGAGAUUUAGGCCUCCAAUAAUUUUUUUUCAAACUGCAGUAGCCAUCUGGAAACAAUCCUCGUUCCAAGAUGGCAGAUAACCGUGAAGAUGAUGAUUUAAGUAUUCCUCGUGCGGCACUGAACAAAAUGAUCAAAGAACUUGUGCCAAAUGUUCGAGUGGCAAAUGAUGCUCGUGAGCUUAUAUUGAACUGUUGUACAGAAUUCAUACAUCUGGUGUCGUCAGAAGCAAACGACAUCUGCAAUAAACAACAGAAGAAAACGAUUUCGCCAGAACACGUGUUGGGAGCAUUGGACAGCCUUGGAUUUGGUACCUACAAGGAUGAUGCCAUGGCAGUGCUAGCAGAAGCAAAAGCUGUGGCUGCCAAAAAGCGAAAAGGAAGUUCACGUUUGGAAAACUUAGGAAUCCCAGAAGAAGAGUUGCUACGGCAACAACAAGAGCUCUUUGCAAAGGCGCGGCAAGAACAGGCCAUCUUAGAACAACAGCAGUGGUUACAGAUGCAAGCGGCCUUGUUACAACAACAACAGCAACAGCUACAACAACAACAAUGUCCUCAACCGCCAGUCAUUCAACCUCCUUUUGAAUCCAGUGGUCCUCAAGACGAUUACUCUUAACAACAACAACAUCAAUUCCUGAUAAGGAGAGAAACAAUAUUAUUAUUAUUAUUGAGAAAAUUCUCAAGUUGUAUAUUUCUUUGGUUAUCAUAGGAAAAGGUAAUUUGUUGAACAAUGGAAUUCUGGGAUUCAACUCUGUUUGAUGGUUUUUAAAGAAGAUGAACUUUGCAAAAGUUGUGAAGGGUGCGUGCUAAGGUCAGCUGAAAACCUUACCCUCAGACGGCUGCCCCCUUUCCCACCGGCACUCACUCUCUGCCCUUAGGAUGCUUUUUAGCCCUAUCCUGAACUGUAGGCCUACAUGUACAUGGACUAAUUAAUGAUGUCAUAUUGCAUCAGAGAUUUAUAGGGGAGACUUGGGAAGGAUGUCUCCCUGAAAAUGGAAAGUGCCAUAUUCAGUGGUUAUGUUAAACAUGAGGGAGAUUGUACAGAAUUACAGGUUUAUCUGACUGACUGACUGACUGAAGCUUCUGGCCAUGGAAGCACAGAUUUGAUACCUGUGUUUGUUUUUUUCAAUCGUUGGAUGAUGAGUUGCUGUCCCCCUACCCGCGUUGUUCCUAAGGCUUUAUUUUUCGAAUUAAUGACUCUUACUUUGCACAAAGCUGUCCAGGUGAUGGCAUACGUAGGAAAGUUUGUCAUUAAUAUGCCCAAGGCUGGUGGUUUACUUCAUGCACUCCUGAUCCCCUAGACCUGGGGCCACUUCACAAAACUUUUUCGUAAAUUUUCUCAUACAUGACGUUGCCUUAUAACGGCACUGUAAAUCGAACGUCUUUUGCAAAAAAAAAAAAAGUUCUGAGAAAUGUGACUUACGAAGUUUUGUGAAAGUGGCCCCCAGUUUUAAAUAUUUAGUAAAAUAUACUUGAGUAUGUCAUUGAACACCAAUGUGGUUAAUCAAUCUACAAUUUCUUAAAAUGGAACAUGGUGGGUGAAUGUCCUGCGUUAAGGUGACUUCUUGCUCAUGUCCAGCAUCAUGAAGUUAGAUACAGUGCCAGUAUAAAUGUGGCAUCCUUUUCAAUAAAAAGCUGACAUUUUAUAUCCUUAAUAUGCAGUUUUUGAGUUACAUCACUACGGCAACAGGGUGAUGUCCCAGUGUAAUUGAUGUAGCGGCUUCACAGCAGAGGAGGGCUACUUCC